AUGGGAAAAUUGUUGAUGCAAUGCAAGCUCAUUGUUUGGGAUGAGUGCACAAUGGCACAUAAGAAAUCACUUGAAGCACUUAACUUCACACUGAAGGAUCUUCGGCGAAAUAACAACCUCUUUGGCGGCUUGAUGAUAUUGUUGGUAGGCGAUUUCAGGCAGACGUUGCCAGUAAUUCCCCGUGGAACGCCUGCAGAUGAAUUGAAUGCUUGCAUGAAGGCAUCACCUUUAUGGAAUAACGUAAAAACAUUAUCGCUAACCACUAAUAUGAGAGUUCAACUUCGAAAUGAUCAAAGUGCUGCACAAUUUGCCAAAUAA